AUGGUGGUCAACGUCUUCAUCAGCGCUGUGACCACCGACACGCUCAGCCGCAAAGAAGCUGUCGCCUGGGUUAACAACUUGCUCAAGAGUCACUUCACGAAGGUCGAAGAAAUGGCCUCCGGUGCUGCAUACUGCCAGCUAACGCACCUUUUAUUCGCAAACUCGAUCAACUUGCGAAAAGUGAAGUUCAACCCAAGGAGUGAACCGGAUAUCCUGACAAACUGGAAAGUUCUCACAACAGCCUGGAAAGAUUUAGGAAUCGACAAGCCAGUGGAUGUUGAAAAGAUGAAAAAAGCAAAGUUCCAGGAUAAUAUGGAGUUCCUGCAGUGGUUUUACAAAUUCUUCAACGCUAAUUUGGUGGGAGAUGCCGAAGACUACGACGCUGUAGGAGCUCGUUUCAACGAAGAUCUGCCUGCUCUGAAAGGGUCUUCGGGAGCUCGUCCAGCUGUCGCUGCUGUCCGUCCAACUGCUGCUCCUGUCGCCAAACCUAAGGCUGUGGCACCCGCUGCUGCACCGAAUGCUGCUGCCAAGGCAUCCGUUGCCCCAACGGUUCGCAAUGGAACUCGUCCAGCUCCAGCGACAUCCGCAGGCACUCGACGUUCCGAGCCAUCACAAAACGAGGAGCUUCUGAAGCAGGAAAUCGAAAAGCAAAAGUCGUUGGCUACUGAUUGGGAGACGAUGGCGAAGGAAAUGGAGUCGGAACGCGAGUUUUACUACUCGAUGCUGCAGCGGGUCGAAGGACUCGUUCAUGAAGCUGAAGAACUGAAGUCCACCACAAUCGAUGUCGAAGCUCUUAAGGCCGUUCUGUAUCAAUCAAAUGAAGAAGGUGAGCACGAAGUGGAGGCCACAGAGAAUGGCGCCGAUAGUUCGCAACUCAGAGAUGCUCUUCAAGCCAACCUCGACGACACAGACACUUUCUGA